AUGCAAGAGUAUGGAGGAGGCACAACAAACAAAUCCGGAGAGUACCGGGACGGUGCAGAUGGAACAGAGCGUAACCAAGAUGGCUUCCACUCGCAACACCAACAUGGAACGCAAAAGAAUUAUGGUCUCAGCAGAGAUUUAUCAGAUCAAAAUAUAACGACUUAUAGCAGAGUUACAACUGGAAUCUACGAAGAAAGUCAGCAUUAUCACAACCAAAACAGCAGGUACAACAAACCAUCGGUUCCGACGUUUAGUUCUCCACCUAACUCGCCAUUGGUCGGUCUCGUGUUUGAUCCAUCCACGUCAAACUAUAGCGGUACCAAUGUAAUGGCUGACCGCAUCAAUGCUGACAGACGAACCUCCUGGUCGGUCUCUCACCAGGAACCGAUUGGCACUGGAGCGAAGAAAAAAAUUGUCAAAAGUCAUGAUAAACGAAAUGCAUACAGUGCUGACAGUAGAUAUCAAGAAAGAUAUAAAGAUAUUAGUACUGAAACUGAUCGACCUAGAAACAAGGAUAGAAACUUGAGAUCUGAUUCUACGUCUAGUCUUGACUUUUUUAAAGAAGGAGAAAGAAUGGUUUCAGAACUUUGUAAUAUACCAGACCCUAAUACUAGAUACGAUGUUGGUAUUCAAAAACCUAAUCAAAAAAGAUCACUUAAUGAAGAAGACAAAAAUAAUGCUGCAGGAUGUGCAGAUUUGCUAAUAGCUAUGGAUAAAAUUAUCAUUCAUGAUCAGAUUCCCAAUCAAAUUGUUCAACUGGCUAUAGAAGCAUGCACCGAUGCCGAAAAUAUUGCUAUUGCUCAUCACAACAGACCUUGUUUUAAAAAUAUUCACUCAAUUUGUGCUAAAACUAGAUCUAAUGUCCAGAAACCCGAUAGUGCAGUCGCAAAUCUGCACUCUCAAGGUAUUCCUUGGGUCAUAAAGAACUUUAUAUUUUCUUUUGUAAGAAUUUUAGAUGGUUGGAAAGGAGUAAAGGAAUUGCUUAGUGAAAAGCAUGAUACAUUUUCUAGAAUCGAAAACAAAUACUAUAGUCAAAAUAUCAGAGAAUGUUUUGUGCAAUGGCAGGCAGUUACAAAAGAAAUGCUUACACAUAUUUAUAAGACUUUUAAAUGUCUUGAUCACGGGUUUACUGUGGAACAAAAAAGUUUUACACAUAAUUAUUAUGCUACCAAUUCGGCAGCACCUCGACAUCAAAAUAAAUUUCAUUCAGCAAAGGCACAUGUAAGCACUCCGAGGACUAUUAACGCUUCCCCACAACCCUACAAUGUAAUGCAACCUCCGUGGAUACAAAAUCCAACAACAACAGUGCCACAAAUUUAUAGUGACAGUCCAUGGUCAACUAGAUCCAAUGUAACUUAUAAAAAAAUUCCAGUAGUACCACCAUCGAAUUCACAAAACUUUUAUCCACUAAACGAGCACAGUGACAUUGAGACUUAUCAGAAAUCUCAGUACAAAUGCGAACCAUGCGUUAUUCGCGAAGCGAAACCCCGUCAAUCUUGGACUAUUACAAAUGUUCCUGAUUUUCGCGCUUUAGAAGGUGCCUGUCACGCCGAUCAAAGGGCAGAUCCCUUUACACAGUUGAAGCAUAAAAUGGAUGCUGAAUUAGGAAAAACAUCCAGUCAAACUACCAUUGCAAAUAUGCAAUGCGAUUUACUACAGCGUCGGGAUAUGGAGCUUAAAGCUAAGAUGAUUCCUUUAAGUCAUGUCGAAAAGUCGUUGAUACCGAGCAUGGCAUCGACAGCUGACAUACGAAGUUGUUAUGUGCAAAAAAAUAAUAGUUGCGGUGAUACUAAAGAAGAGGCUGAUUUUUUUGCGGCAUGGGGCCAGAUGGUCCGAAAAGAACCCAGUGAUUUUUUGACUCAUCAUACUCACAAUAUUCAAGUACCAUCGAAUGUUGUGACGAUCUCUAAUAAUAUCUCUGGCCCCGUGCAAUUUAUUGACCUUGAAAAUGAUGAGUUCCAUGAAAUGUCUAAAGUGUAUAUGAAACCUGGCAGUUAUAAAGUACCAAUAAAGCCAGCAGAGCCAACCUCAGCGUUUAUGCAAAAUACCUCACAAGAUGUCGUGUAUGAGAACCAAAACGACGAUACGUCUUCUUUAAAAAUUAAUAUUCCAUUUGCAGAAGUAACAUUAGCACCACAACCAAAGUACAAUAUAGAAUCGUGGCCGUGUUUGAUUUCAAGAAGAGCUGAAGAAAUGUACUUAAAGGAUCAAAAUUCCUUAGUAAGACCUACUUUGCCUUGUUUAGAUGUACGAGGAAUGGAAUCUCUAGAACUAAUGACAUCUGAUCGAGCUUGGGAGGCAGCUAAGCAAUCAGCACCAAAAUUAAUGGAUUUUAUUCAUGAAGGAUCCAAGUCAGAUACUGCAAGACUCUACGAUGCAUUAGGGUUGACUGCGAAUGAAGAUAUUUCUGAUGAUCCAAACCAAUCACAAUUUAAUGUUGACCGUUGCGAUGCUUGGUCUGCUAUAUUUCAUUCUAGUCAAUUUAUGUCAAAACAAACUCCAUUAAUGUGGGAUCAGACGACCAAACAUGACUGUGUAACAAAUAAAAAUGAAGUUUUUACAGACCAUAUGAUUACUGAAGAACAACAAAAUACAACUGAGAUCGAUGAUCAAGUUGAUAUUGAAAUUGUUAAAAAUGAAGAAAUAAAACCAAAUGUACGCUGUCCUAAUUUUGAUCAAACUGGAAACUCAAUUAAAGAUGAAAAUCAAAGAAAAACCGGUGGAAAAACUAAAGUAGCAGCUUCUGGUACUUGGUACCAUCCUAAAAAGAAGAAACCCUUAUCAAGUACCAUUGUAAAAAAGUUCGAAUUUGUAAUUUUUCAUCUAUCUCAAAUAAAUGAAGCUUCGUUUAUCGAACAAGAUAUGGAUAUCAAAGUGGCGCCAAGAUUUUAUGAAGUUGUAAAGUAUCCAAUGUGUCUCAAUGAUAUUUCAACCAAACUAAAGAACUCCUCAUACACCGAAUAUGAACAAGUUGUUCAAGAUUUUAAACGAAUUUUCAAUAAUGUCCGACUUUAUCUCAAGACCUAUCCAGAUUCUGUUAUGAAGAAGAAUCUCAGUAAAGUAUCGUCUGAAUUCGAAAAGAUUUUAUCUGAUGAAUUUCAAAAUAAAAAUGAUUCAAAAAAUAAACAAUACGAAGCAAAUAAGCGGGCAGAAAAAGAAAACGAAUCACACAAAACUGAACCUAUGAAGGAUGAAAUGAAAAAAAAUACCAAGUUAUCUGAUUGUACCAAAUAG